AGAAAGGGAAAAUUAUUAAUUAACCACUUCUCAAAAGAUUUAAAGCACUUAGCUAUUGCCCAUGUCCAUCUCCCCACUUUGUCUCUGACUUAAAAAUAUCUCUCACACGUUCCACCUUGCCAGCAUACUUUGCUGGGCUAAGAUUUCGCUGAUUUUGUUUGAGGCACUUUUUGAUUGAAAAACUCUAAUUUUAAGAAAGAAAAUGGGUUCUGGUCAAUGGUCCAUAGAGAAGAGAUCGAAUUUCAGAAGUGAAUCAUUUGGUAGAGAUUCAGAAGAUGUGCCUGAAACUGGGUGCCUCUCAAUUAUUGUGCUUGGUGCCUCUGGUGAUCUUGCUAAGAAGAAGACUUUCCCUGCUCUCUUCAAUCUUUAUCGCCAGGGUUUUCUUCAAUCACAUGAAGUUCAUAUUUUUGGGUAUGCAAGGACUAAGAUUUCAGAUGAUGAUCUCAGAAAUCGCAUUCGUGGAUAUCUUGGCAAAGAUGCUUCAUCUGGGCACUUAGAAGAUGUAUCAAAUUUCUUACAGUUGAUCAAAUAUGUAAGUGGUUCAUAUGAUAGUGAGGAGGGCUUUCAGCUAUUGGAUAAGGAAAUUUCAAAACAUGAAUUAGCCAAAAAUAGUGUGGAGGGAUCAUCUCGGAGACUCUUUUAUUUUGCACUUCCACCAUCAGUAUAUCCAAUUGUCUGCAAGAUGAUAAAAAAGUGUUGCAUGAACAAAUCUGAUCUUGGUGGGUGGACCCGAAUUGUUGUCGAGAAGCCUUUUGGCAAGGAUUUGGAAUCUUCAGAAAAGCUUAGUGCUCAGAUUGGAGAGUUGUUUGACGAACCGCAGAUUUACCGUAUUGAUCACUACUUGGGAAAAGAAUUGGUGCAGAACAUGUUGGUACUUCGUUUUGCAAAUCGUCUAUUUCUACCCCUUUGGAAUCGUGACAACAUUGCUAAUGUACAGAUUGUAUUCCGGGAGGAUUUUGGAACUGAAGGCCGUGGUGGAUAUUUUGAUGAAUAUGGAAUCAUCCGUGAUAUUAUUCAAAACCACCUAUUGCAGGUUCUUUGUCUUGUAGCCAUGGAGAAACCUGUCUCUCUAAAGCCUGAGCACAUUCGAGAUGAGAAAGUGAAGGUUCUUCAAUCCGUACUUCCUAUCAAAGAUGAAGAGGUUGUUCUUGGACAAUAUAAAGGCUAUACAGAUGAUCCAACAGUUCCAGACCAUUCAAACACCCCAACAUUUGCGACUGUUGUUUUGCACAUUCAUAAUGAAAGAUGGGAAGGCGUUCCAUUUAUAUUAAAGGCAGGGAAAGCAUUAAAUUCAAGAAAGGCAGAGAUACGUCUUCAAUUUAAAGAUGUUCCUGGUGAUAUAUUUAAAUGUAAAAAGCAAGGAAGAAAUGAGCUUGUAAUACGCUUGCAACCCAAGGAAGCUAUUUACAUGAAACUUACGGUCAAGAAGCCUGGACUUGAUAUGCAUACUGUUCAAAGUGAACUAGACUUGUCAUACGGGCAACGUUAUCAAGAGGUUACCAUUCCGGAGGCUUAUGAGCGAUUGAUUCUUGACACAAUUAGAGGUGAUCAGCAGCAUUUUGUACGCCGGGAUGAGUUGAAGGCGGCAUGGGAGAUUUUUACACCCCUUCUGCAUAGGAUUGACGAUGGCGAAAUGAAGCCAAUCUCAUACGAACCAGGUAGCCGAGGUCCUGCAGAAGCAGAUCAAUUACUGGAAAAAGUUGGCUAUAUGCAAACACAUGGCUACAUCUGGAUUCCUCCAACACUAUAGAAAUGUAGCAUCUUUUUCACAUAUAUAAUCCUUUUUCCGGUUGCCAUAUAAACCGGCAUUUCCAUUUCGCCGAGCCUGUCUAAUGCAAUCUAUAAUACCCUAAUUUUCUGAUCCUGCCUUCUUAUCUUUUCUGUAUCGAACGCAGCCUUCUGUUUAUAGGGUGUUGAGAGAAUUCACUUGUAAGCUUGAUUUACUGCCACCCAGAAAAUAAUUCUGUUUGUGGUGUGUAUAAUAAGUGUAUUGCAGAAUAAAAUUGUCAAGCUAUUUGUAUCCAAUCAUCAUCUUUGUUCAAA